AUGAAGUUAAUAGCAACGGUAGAAGGGAUAACUUCGAUUGUCCUCGACCCAUCAAAAAAUAUGGUGACAGUAACUGGGGAUGCCGAUCCAGUAAAGGUUAUCAAGAAGGUGAGAAAAUUCAGAAAAUCUGCUUCAGUUGUGAGUAUAGGUCCUCCACCUCCACAGAGUGAGAAGAAGGAUGAGAAGAAAGACCUUGUUCCUUUUAACACCAAAGACACGUCAGAGAUGGUACGAUGUCUGAUUUUGGAAGGAGAAUUUUGGGAUCUUUGCACAGUUGAUGCCUCCAUUUCAAAGGCUAUUCUAGUGAGCUCCGACCACCCAUGGCCAUCAUUCUUCUUGGAAAAGGUGCGCCUCUCCUCCCUCUACAUUUUCCCUAAGUUAGCCAAUGUUGUUAUUGGCUAUCACCUACGUCGUGAGCUCGAGAAGCUCCACCAAAACCUUCACGAGUUUGGCUAUUUUCAAGCCAAUUCGGCCACUUUUUGGCAGGGUCGAAGAGUAAAAGUUGUUCUCCUUAAAGUGCUUGUGCGAGUGGUAUAUUGGGUUGUUGGCGAUUUGGACUUUUUCGGUCGCCAAAAAACUCCUAAAGCCACAAAAGGUGGCACGUGA